UGUGUCAUGGAUCAAAUACUAGGGUUUUACAUGUAAUUGUGGAAAUACACAUCUCCGAAUCUCUACGGGGUUUUAGCGCUUCAGGUUAAAAAAGAAGGGUUUUGUAUGCGAUCAGAAUCAGCAGCAGCCCAAAAUCUCCAACCGAACAGGAAAGGAUACCAUGAAGAAUGAUGAGGUGGAGAAUCCUGAUGUGGAAGUUUCUGAAUCAGAAGACGAAGAUGUGAAGUUGACAGAACCUUCGAAAACCUCCAUAUACAACGCAGAUGGUCUCCUAGAUAAACUUGAUGACAUCAGGUGGCCUCAGAAUGUGGAAUGGAUACACAAGCUUUCCCUUGACAUCAAUCAAGAGCAAAAGGUGGACGUGAAUGAUGACCUAGCACGUGAGCUUGCCUUUUACACCCAGGCACUGGAAGGCACAAGACAAGCCUUUGUGAAGUUCCAAUCGAUGCAGCUUCCUUUUCUCAGGCCACCCGACUAUUACGCUGAGAUGGUGAAAAGUGAUUCUCACAUGGUGAAAGUCAAGGGCAGGCUUUUGGCGGAGAAGAGAAAGAUGGAAGAGGCAGACGAGAGAAGGAAGGCUAGAGAGUCCAAGAAAAUAGCUAAAGAGGUUCAGGCUCAGAAGCUGAAAGAGAGGGCCAAGAAUAAAAAGGAUGAGAUAGAGUCUGUCAAGAAAUGGAGGAAGCAGAGGCAACAGAGUGGGUUUGCUAGAGGUGACAAAGAUGGUGAUAUGGGUUUGAGCUUUGAAGAUGGGAAAUCGUUUGAGAAGUCUAAUAAAAAGAGGCCGGGGGUGGCUCCUUUUGAUCGCACUGGUGGGAAGGGAGGCAGAGGUGGUGCUGGCAAGGGGAAGGGAGGAGGAGCGGCAGGCGGAAAGAGGAAGGGUAGGGAUGUCAAGGACUCCAAGUUCGGGUUUGGAGGAAGGAAAGGUAUGGAGAAGCAAAAUACUGCUGAGACUACGAAUGAUUUUCGAAGCUUCAACCAAGGUGGGUCCUCCGGAAAUAAAAAAAGGAAGCGGUAAUCCAUUCAUUUUCAUUUUGUUCUGUGAUGUGCCUUUUUGUUAUUUAUGUUUGCUUGGAACUUUUAAGAUAUGUACGUUCUAUGGCAUUGAGCUUUAUUGGAUUUCUAGGAGCAUUUCUUCCAGUACUCUGGCGUGUUAAGGCCAUUUGUCAAUUAGUUGAUAUUUUCUCUCAACCUUGAACUUACCGUGCCCAUUGACAAGCCAAAUGCCGUUGAUUUGAGAUAUCUUGGAUUUGUUUGUUUACUA